GGCGAUGAGUGCAGUGUCCGCAGGUGAUUUACCUGCGCGAACCGGCGGCGUGCCCGCGCUCAUGCAGUCAUGCAACGUGCGGUAAAAUCCUCGUGCCCGGUGAUUAAAGUGCCUGAAGAAGCCGGAGACCAGCAAUGGAGGAGUAGCUGAAACAAACACCUGAUCCGUGUGUGCCAUGGGGAACUGCUGGGCUCACUGUUUCGGGCUCUUUAGGAGAGAAGCCAACAGGAUACAGAGAGGAGGAGGGUCAAAGUACUUCAGAAGUAACACAGCUGGGGAACACUUUACUAUUGAGUUUGAGAACCUUGUGGAGAGUGAUGAGGGUGAGAGCUCACAAAGCUGCCCGAGACCCAUCAGUGAGGAGGAGAUCAGCCACUUAAAGGAGCACCGCUAUGCUGCGCUCUCAGACAAACAGGUGCAGAUCGAUGAAACGCUGAAAGCACAGUUAGUGGCAGAAGAGGAGAAGUUAAGGCUAGAAGAGGAGGCUGUUUUUGCAGCCCAGCGCGAGGCAGCGCGGCUCGCUAAGGAACGAAAGCUAAAGGAGGGGAAGCCCCAAAGGACCAAACCCAGAUCAGAACCAGAGAGCAAAGACCCUCGGCACAAAUCAAAAGCAUCAGAUGAAGAUUUCGAGGUGUACCUGCAGAGUGUAAAGGCUCAAUCUGAAGCGUUUCGCAGUAACAGACUGAGCUCUGAGACGAAUGUGGUGACUCCCAACACUGAGAGCAGCUGGGACUUCACCAGUAAGACUGACGCCACCUCACUGGAGCUGGAGUGGGAGGAUGAGGAGGGAAUGAACCGAAUGGGUCCUGCAUGGGAGCGAUCGAAAACAGAGGAGGAUAUUUUACGCGCAGCUCUCCGUCCCGGCGGGAGGCAGCAGGACAGCGGACCCACCUCCACCUCCGAGGACUCCACUGCUCUGGAGUGGGAAAAUGACUUUGUGAGUGCUCAUCCUGACGACAGCGGAGAACACGAAGACUCUGCUGGAUUGGUUAAUCCAGCGCUGGACACGCCCACUGAGGAGGCAGAAAAUCAGACAGCAGACCAACAGGAGAGAUAGUCUACAGCCAGAGACAGUGAGAUGACUGUGGUAUCAAACGCCUCCUUUAAAUACAGUGUGAUGAUCCAUUUAACAUAAUAUAUGAAACUAAAUUAACAUAUCUCUAUGAGAGAGGUAAUACAACGGAAAGAAAUGCUUUAUAUGACUCAGAAUUUGUUGAUGAAUGAAUUUCAUGAACUUUUUUUUUUUUUUUUUGCUUGACCUUUUAUCCCCACACUUCUCAUUACUGUAAUACAUCAGGAUAUUUUGGUUUAUAUAUUAAUUACACUUUUACGUUAAGC